AUGGAAAGUGAAAACAAAUAUACAAAACCAUUGAUUAAUAAUUGUUUAUUAAAUGCAGUAAAAGUUUCCACAACACCAAAUAAACCUGAAGUUUCCCAAGCCAAGCUUGGAACAACAGCGGAUGGCGUCAGAGGACUUCAGUGGCAUCCACUAGAUUUGUUUCCAGUCUAUCAGUGCUUGUUUUUUUUCUUUAUCAUUUUUGAGUGUUGUAUUUCUAAACUUUGUUUCUGUUGCGGCUGCUACGCUGGGAUCGGUGCUCACCUGUGUCAAGCACCUCCUCCGUGGUCCAACUGGAGAGCAAGAAUCAGUUCCUGCAGCAGCCACCAAACCAGAGGCAGAUCCACAACCCAUGCUGGAGCGAGAGUCAGCUUCAGUGGCAGCUCCAGUGCCACGUGUACCUAUAAAGCCACCUUGGUCUCUUUUGCUAAAGAAGAAACUGACUGUAUCUGUGACUGUGAUGCUGGAGCCAGCCCAAGCAGGGCCACUUGUACCAGUGGUGCCACUCUAGACUGCACCUAUGACCAUGCAAUGCAGGGAUUCCUCCUGGUUGCAGGGAGAGAAGAAAGCCAAGGAGCCCCGGGCUGCCACCGUGUGAUCCACUUUCAUUCAGCUCUCGAGUGUGACACAGAGCAUCCCCAAAACUGUGCUCAGUCACUGCAUCCUGGCAACGUUGGCCUGCACUCAGGUUUUGUUGAGUUCUUGAUUCCAAGGGGCCCUGGGUCAGCUUCAGGAGGGGCUUGGAACCACUCUUUACCUUCAUGUGCUCUGAGUUCUGAGCGCUGAGCCUCUAAUAGACCUCAGGCUCUCCUUCCCAGAGCUGCUGUGGUCUGGACUGUCAUGUCCCAGUGUUCCCUGCUGGCCCUCUCCUUGGUGAUAGCUGAGAUCUUGGACUCUCUUAGCCCUUGCUUCUCCUCUGAGGAGGUUCUCUGUGGAUCUGAGGGAUUGGCAUGGGUCUUAGAGCUCAACAUCCCUCACAGAGUCCUUCUUCCUCAGGAGCUGCGCAGAAUCUGGAGGAACCCUGCCUCCCUCCCAGGGCGUGGAGUCAACACCACCCAGGGCCAGGUGGAGACCUGGGAAGUGUUCUGCAGUAAGCUGCUCCUCUCCCUCAGAGCUCUGGGUGAGCCUGCACCACAAACUGGAUUGAAUGUGUGCAGAACUUGUUGGUGA